CCUUAACAGAUUGAAGUGAGGUUAUUGCUACAGUGCCGGUCAGAGUCAGUAAGCUAACUUACACAGAAAUUUGUUUCGCUUCAGGUCAGAUAUGUUCUUGUAGUUUGAUGGUGGAUUGUUGCUCUUUGUAAUAAAAACCAAGCAAGAUUUAAACAGACUUUUUACUAGGACAUUCAUCUGCUGGUGUUUGGCAUCAGGAUGAUGCAGAAGUCGGUGAUGGUGAGUUUGGCGUUGCUGCUAAUUGUUUCAGUUGCAACAUUUUUAGGUGUGUUUUUUGGAUAUAGGGGUAAACAUUCAUCUGUCGGCACUGAGAGAUCCUACACACAUGCAGCUGUAGCAGCAGACGCCGGGCCAUGCUCCGAAGUCGGCAGAGACAUUCUCCAAAAGGGAGGUUCUGCUGUAGAUGCAGCAAUUGCUGGUUUGUUGUGUAUAGGUUUGAUGAAUGCUCACAGUACGGGGAUAGGAGGAGGUCUGUUUCUCACCAUCUACAAUGCUAAAACAGGAAGAGUGGAAACGAUUGAUGCUCGUGAAACGGCACCGUCUAACUCGUCUCGGGAAAUGUUCGGGAACAGCACUGAACUUUUGCAGAAAGGCGGCCUUUCCAUCGCUGUUCCGGGAGAAAUUCGAGGCUAUGAACUGGCUCAUCAGCGCCAUGGUAAACUGGCCUGGAAAGAUCUGUUCACACCAAGCAUCAAACUCGCAAGGAACGGAUUUCCUGUGGGUAAAGCUCUUGCUGGAGCAAUUCACAGCACCAGAAACACGAUCCGCAAUGACAGCACUUUAUGUUCCGUGUUCUGUAACACGAAUGGAGAGAUCUUAAAGGAAAACGACACAAUCACCUACCUUAAGUUGGCAGAUACGUAUCAGCAGAUUGCAGAUAAGGGGGCGGAUGCUUUUUACAGCGGCUCGAUUGCAGAAAAUCUCGUCACAGAUAUCAGGAAUGCAGGUGGUAUUAUAACUAUGGAAGAUUUAUUAAAUUACACUCCACUACUGGAUAAAAAUCCUUUGAAAGUACCUUUGAGUGAAUUUACAAUGUUUGUGCCAAACGCUCCAUCAAGCGGUCCCAUUCUCACCGUCAUCCUCAACAUCCUGAGCGGAUAUAACUUCACAUCAGACAGCGUUUCCAACACCGAGAAGAAAAUUCUCACCUAUCAUCGUAUAGUGGAGGCUUUCAAAUUCGCAUAUGCUAAACGCAGUGUUCUGGGAGACCCCAAAUUUCUUAACAUCAGUGAUUUUAUCCAGAACAUCACAGCUAAAAGCUUCGCAGAUUUGAUUCGGCAGAAAAUCACAGAUAACACCACACAUAAUGAGAGUUAUUACGAACCCGAAUAUUUUCUUCCGGAAAAUCAUGGAACUUCUCAUAUUUCUGUAGUGGAUGCAGAUGGAAACGCAGUUGCAGCCACCAGCACCAUUAAUCAGUAUUUCGGGUCCAAGGUCAUGUCCCCAUCAACAGGAGUGUUGUUGAAUAACGAGAUGGAUGAUUUCAGUUCUCCUCUCAUAAUUAACGGAUUCGGUGUUCCACCUUCACCUAAUAACUUUAUCGUACCACAUAAGCGUCCCAUGUCGUCUAUGUGUCCUGCUAUUCUGUUCGAUAAAGAUAAUAAAGUUAAACUGGUGGUUGGUGGAUCAGGAGGGACAAAAAUUACAACAUCAGUUGCUUUGGUCAUUUUAAAUUCACUGUUCUUCGACUACGAUCUGAAGAAAGCUGUUUCUGACCCCCGGAUUCAUCAUCAGCUCAGUCCAAACUUCACUGUGUUGGAGCCAAACUUUGACAUGGCUGUAACAGAGGGACUUGUUAAGAAAAAUCACCUGAUUGAGAUGUUGACAUCAACCGGCGCUGUGAUUCAGGCGAUCCUACAAGAGGAAAAUCGUCUAUACGCCGAAUCCGACCCUCGAAAGGGAGGAUACGCCGCAGGAUACUGACAAGCCGUAUUCUGUUUUAUUCCUAUUUAUGAUUUAUGAUGUUUCAUGUCGUCUGUUUAGAUUUUAUAGCAUGAGCAAUUGUUCAGACUGUCACGUGAACUGCUGUCAUAGACGUUCAAGGACUAAACCACUGAAUUAAUGUCUUUGUAUGCAACAAAUUAAAGAAGAAAUUUAUUA